AUGGCGGCGAGCCCGGCGGCGAUGCCGCCGAAGCCCAAGACGACGGUGACGAGCAAGGCGGUGCUCGACGCCGUGGCGAACCGGCCGCGCCAUCACCUCGGCGACUUCAUCUACGAAGCCGGCCUGCAACCCGGACGGCUGCUGCCGACGAACCCGACGCAGAGGGGCUUCGCGUCGACCCCGAAGCCGCUGCCGUCCGAGGUCAUCGACGGCAAGGAGAACUGCACCCUCACCGUCAAGGUGCCGCGCGUGCACCUCUCGUCGGUCGCGCGCGAGGAGAUCACGUCGAGGGCCUUCCUCUGGGGCACCGACGUCUACACGGACGACUCGGACGUCGUCGCCGCCUGCAUCCACGCCGGCUGGAUCAAGGGAGAGUGGGCCGACGACGUCGACGGCUCGAUGCUCGACCUCGACGACGGCGACCGGCGCAAGGGCAGGAAGCAGGAGCAGGAGGAUGCCGCCGGCGCCGACUCGGAGGGGCUCAUCACGUCGCCGCCGGCCUCGGGGCCGCUGUCGAUCCCGCCGGAUCGAGACCUGCACGUCAACAUCCUCAUCCUGCCGAAGCUGUACAGCUACGCCGCCAUGACGCGCCACGGCAUCUCGAGCCGCGAGUUUGGCGGCCGGUUCGGGGACCGUCAGGCGUCCCACGACGGCAUCAGCUACAUGAUCCGGAGCAUCCGCUGGGUCGAGAACGGCGGACAGCCGCAGGCUCGGCUCCGCGGCAAGGCACGCAGGGAGCGGAUGCGCAAGGCCAUGAGGGAGGUGACGACGAGCUUCGGCAACAUGCACGGGCUCGAGCCGUCGCGGCAGGCCGACGGCGCCAAGGACCGGACGAGGGCCCUCGUCGGCGAGAUUUCGCCCAACUGGCGCCAGGAGGAGACGGAACAGGCCGCGGACAAGACCGAGGGCAGCGGCGGGCGCGAGCCGAGCGAGGGAGACAAGGAGAACCGGCUCCGUCACCCCGCUCACGGCGAUGGACCCAGCGACGGGAAGGAGGGGGAGGCGAAGGAGGGGGAGGCGGCACACGGAGCUGCCGAGAAGGCCGCCGACAAGGACGAGUAA